UUACUAUACAAACAACAGGUCAAACAAGUCACAAAGUAGUGACUCCACCCUACAUGGAGCAAUAUAAAUGAAGUUGUCACAAUAAGUAAAUAGUCUUCAAGAAGGGGUCGGGACCUAAGGUUGUGCAGUGAUGUCUUCUAGGUUGCCAGUGCUGUGUCUCCUGCUCCUGCAGACUGGAAGUUUUGGAUUUUACAUAUUCGGCGGAGAGUCCCUGAAUCAUCAGGAGAUUACUGAGAGAGCAAUCUUAAAUGUCACAUUGCAGGUGUGCCGCACACUAGCACUGGCUGUGGGCGAAGACUUCACUUUUCCUCCUCAGCCUUUUACUGCUCAGUCUGUUCCUGUUGCCUGUCAAGCAUCAAAAUCAUCCAAGACCUUCCUCCAGACGAUCAAAUUAAUUAAAAAAAAGAAUUGGCGAGUAGACAUUCGUUAUUUAUUCAGCCCACGCCAUCACUUUGACAAUGAGAAGUUUUCGGAGGGAAGGAAUAUAAUCACAAGUGGAUUAUCAGCUGUGAAGGCCAACAACAAGCAAGAGAACUUUGAGGCGGCGAGACAACAACUGGGAGAAAUCUUACACUCUUUACAGGAUUUCUACAGUCACAGCAACUGGGUGGAAAUGGGAAACAAACUUCCAAACUCCAAUCUGAUCAAAUCAAAUGCCAACAUCGGUAACAUAGCAGCUGAAGGCAGAGCAACCUGUCGCAACUGUGAUGGAGACGACUGCAGGAACAACAUUUUGGAGGAUAUCCUACGAGAAAAGAUACUGACCUCUGGUUAUUUUGGGCUUGUGCCUUUUUUCUCGACUAAACCAAAAGGAAAAUGCAGUCAUGGAGGACGUUUUGAUCGAACAAGUAACAUCGAGCCUAAAGGUGGAAUUAACAAAGACAAGUUGAGCUCCAACCAUGGACACCUGCACACCAACGCAGCGAAUAUGGCGAUAGCUGCAACCAGCGAGCUACUAGAGGACAUUCGAGGGGCUGCUGGUGACCGACCAUUCCUACAGAUGAUGGGAAUCUCCAAAGGAUCCAGUAAAGCUCUUUGUUUCGUGAUCGACACCACUGGAAGCAUGAGUGAUGACAUAGCAACAGUGAGGAACGUCACUUCCUCUAUAAUCAACAGUAAAGUGGGAACAGAAGAUGAGCCCUCAGUUUACAUUCUUGUACCUUUCAGUGAUCCAGAUUUUGGGCCACUUAUAAGGACUACAGACCCAAAUGUCUUCAAGAAUGCUAUCAAUUCACUAUCAGCAGAUGGUGGAGGAGAUUUUGCUGAAAUGAGUCUUUCAGGGCUUCAGCUGGCCUUAACUGGUGCUCCUCCUAAUUCUGAGAUCUUCCUCUUCACGGAUGCACCUGCUAAAGACAUCUACCUGAAAAGCACAGUGAUAGCACUCAUAGAGCGAACCAAGUCAGUGGUGAACUUCAUGAUUACUAACUUGCUGGGGUUUCGUCGUCGAAGACAGAGUUCUAACAACCAACAGCAACAACACAGUCGGAUGGUAAAAUCAGAUGCUCAGCUGUACAAAGACCUGGCUCAGGCUUCAGGAGGUCAAGCUAUUGAAGUCACAAAGAGUGAGCUCCAAGUGGCCACCAGCCUCAUAGUAGAGUCCUCCAGCUCAUCUCUGGUGACGCUUCUGCAGGCGACCAGGAAUCCGGGAAAGGUGGAAAAUUUUACUUUCACAGUUGACGAUUCAGUAAAAAACCUCAGAAUUUACAUCACUGCGAGGUCUGUCAGCUUUACUCUCAUCAGUCCCUCAGGUGAAUCUCAGCAAAGCUCUAACACAACAGGAUCACUGAUCACUGCAUCCCAGUCAGUGGGAAACUUCCAGACUCUGCAGCUACAAACACAAGUGGGACUGUGGGAAAUCAAAAUGGUGUCAACAAAUGGCUACAGUCUGAAGGUCGUAGGUGAGAGUCCCAUUGACUUCCUGUUUGAAUUUUUGGAGGUAUCGCAGGGCCUGCUUGGAGGUUUUGAUGUUGUAGACAAUCGUCCCACAGCUGGUGUCAAUGGUAGUCUGAUGGUGACCGUAACUGGGAGUGACUCCGCCACGGUGACAGAAGUGAUUCUGGUUGAAUCAUCGGGGUCCGGACAGGUCAAUGGCACUGUAGAGGCUCAGGGUGGAGGAGACUUCUUAGCUCAGUUUGACAGGAUCCCAUCACAGGAGUUUGUGGUGCUUGUGAAGGGGCAGAACAGCAAUGUUUCCACCAGAGAAGCCUCAGUGUUCUUCCAAAGGCAGUCGCCCACCAACAUCAGAGCGUCUGCUCUGACUGUUACUGUUGAGGAUUCACAGAGUGUCUUAGUACCAGGAACGCCACUAGUAGUUCCCUUCUCUGUGACGACGGGUGGUGCAGGAGGAAACUUUAGUAUCAAAGCUACCAGUGAUCAAGGUUUUACUUCAGCUAUCCCAUCCAGUUUAUUCCUGGAAACUGGAGGCAGUGCUAAUGGUACAGUGAACCUCACAGCACCAAUUAACACCACGUCUGGUACUGACGUAACCCUGACCAUUGAGGCCGAGGCUCCGGGAGGCACAGACACCAACUAUGUUGUUCUGCUUUUCACUGUCCUUAGAACGGUGACUGAUUUCACUCAGCCAGUGUGUGAGCUGCUCAGUCUGCAGUCAAAUUGCUCUGAAAACUGCAGCUUGUCCAUGUGGAAGCUCUCUGUUCAGGUGACUGAUGGUGCUGAAGGGACGGGUGUUGACCGUGUUAGCCUCAGACAGGGCAAUGGUACCUUAAACACCACCCUGGCCGCUGGCAAUGAAAACGGAACGCUGGUGUACAUUGCGUCUUGCUGUUCGCCGGAUGUGGAACUGCUGGUUGUGGAUCGGGUGGGUAAUGUAGGGUCCUGUUCCUACAGGGUCCAGAAAACGUCCACCAGCAGCUCACAAGCUACAACCACCAGUAUCCCAAAUCCUCCAACAGCAGUAGCUGUUGUGUCUUUGUCUACCAAAACCGUUCAGUCUUUCUUCCUUUGCCUUAGUAUCACAAUCAUAGGGCUCAAUAUACCAUUUGAAAUGGGAAUCAACUGAGUGUCUACAUGUUGAAGGUGGGAUUAGUUACAUUUUAAAAUGUUUUACCUUUAUUUGAUCUGCCUUUGUUGAUAUAAAUGGGUGAACCUAAUAACCUGGCAACUAAGUGUAUAAGUGGGUAAUUAAUUGUGCUGUAUAAUCAAUAUUGAAAUCUUUAUGCAAUAUUAACUACAUGUACUCUCUGUUUUACAAGGUGCUUGAUGACAUUCUAAAACUUAAUGAGGCUGUGAAUAUGUUAUGAUUAAGACAUAUAUCAGGUGAACAUGCCAUUUUAAUUAUGAUACUUUUAACCAUCAUCCAUCCAUAUUUUGAGUAGUUUUGUUGCUGUUAAGUUGUGGAAGGGUUUUGAUUGAAUGAUCAAUUGUAUUUGAUGAUUUUAAAUUAGAUAUAGAGCUGAGGCUUGCUUCUGACAAAGAUGAAUAAAAAACAGAAAGGAUGACACAAUAAAAUUAAAAGAGUUA